AUGCGCGUGCAAUACCUCUGUCUCGCUCUCUUCGCGGCUCUCUACUCGACGCACAGCGCUGCAGUCUCGCUGGGGCAGGACGGACCCACUGAGCACCGCCUUCUACGUGCGGAAGCGCCGAACGCCAGUGGAGGUCAAGAGGGGGCAGACAACGGCAUGGGCGAGGAAAGGGCUCUUUUCCAGGCCUUUGAAGGCCUUGGUGCGAGAAUUGGGAAAACGAUCGGAAAGGUGCAACCCAAGAGCGAUGGGCAGUCGAAGAUACUGAAGGCGGCUGCAAAACAGCAGAAAUCGUCCGAGGAGAAAAAGUUCGCGAGAUUUAGGAAGAUAUUGCUUUGGAAACUGCGAAUUAAGUACGGUAAAGCGGGUCGCAGAGCUGUGCAGCGAUGGAAUAAAGAACCGGCCGCGACAGCCGUAGGUACUGACAGGGACCUGUACAAACAAAUGGCCGUGGAGAUUGCGACCGUAGCACAAAAAGCUCAUGUAGCAAGAAAGGCUGCUGAGCAAGCCAAAAAAAUGGCUGCUAAGAAAGCAGCAAAAGAGGCAGCUGCUGCGAAGCGCAUCAAAACACCGCAUAGUGAUUGA